UUUUUUCGGCAAUUGGUUUUUCAUGUUGGUACUCCUUGUUCUCAAUCAGGUGAUUAAAAUAAAUAACCAAAUUUCUGAAUAAUUAAUUAUUAUCCUUCGAAAAAUCGGCUGUUGUUAACUUCUGGGACAUUUUAGUGAUUUAAAGGUCGACCUGAAAUUGAAAAAGUUGAAUAAAUAGUAAGAUUUAACAUACAUGCUAAAAAAUAAUGUUUAAUAAAAUGGCUAUUAGAAAGGUAGUUUAUCCAAUUGCUUCCGCAGGACUUUUCACUGCCUCAGUCGCUGCUGCUGAGGAGAAAAAAGAUGAAGAGAAAAAGCAACUAAUUCGUAGAAAAGAUCUAUCAAUAUAUCCAGCAAAGAAAGAAGAAAAAAUUGUAACGAGAGAAGAAGAAGAUAAACCCGACUCUGCGUUGAUGAGCGCAGUGAGACAAGUGAGGGAGGCAGUCUGGUCUGCGGGAAAACAGGUGCAAGGGGUCUCAGACUCUGUGAACCAUGUAAUAGAGACUGGCAAAGCGCAUACUGCAUCGUCAAUUCAGAUUCUGAGGGAAGACGACCACUACCUCCAUCGUUAUGGAGCCAUCACAGUUGGAGGAUUAGUCGGAUAUGUAUUCGCCAUCCGUCGCGGAUUCUUCCGCAAAAUCAUCUACACAGGAACUGGUGCGACCGCAGUAGCUUCAGUUGUUUACCCAGAAGAAGCUAAAGAGUACUCGUCCGAAGCAUUGGCUGCGGCCAAGAAAUAUAUUGUCGUAGCAUAUCACUUUGUUAAUGGAGUGUUGAGGGACUACGCAGGCGUCCAGUUGCCCAACCUACCAGGGCCACUAGCCGUGGGAAGUGCUAGUGCCGCGGAGAAGGAUGCGUCGACGGUACCUACAAGUGCCGCGCUCAUGCCCCACACUGCCUCUGCCCCUAGUCAUAUCAACAUGCCCCCACUUGACGUUCCCUCGUCUGUUUCAGACAAGAAGCAAGGUAACGAUUCGGACAAAGAAACGAAAAAACCCUCCAAGCCUGAAAAGGGAUUGGAACCUCAGCCUGCAUCCUAUGUUGUUCCUGAUCCUAAUGAACCUCUGGCUGAGCCAGACUAUUACAACAUGUACUCUAGAAGAGCCUAGAAUGACCACGGCAGUACUCCUAUCGUCAAAUCUGCAGUGAAUUAAGUUAAAUUUCAAAACUGUACAGAACACAAGCAAUUUGUAAAUAAAUUUUAUUUUAUUUUAUUUUUAAAAUGGUAUUUAUGGAAUUAUAUUAAAUUAGAUGAAUCAACUUAUUUAUUUAUUCUUGAGAAUAAUUUUACAUUGUUUUCUCAGUAAUUGACUGGCGCUUAUAGUCAAAUUGUAAUUUGUGUGUUUCAAUAAAACAGAACUGGAAAUGCUUCUGA